AUGAGUACAAUAUUGACCAAUUUGUCGAUUGAGCAAACCGCUUUAGAAAACUACGAAAAAAAGUUUCAAAAAAAUGUUAUGAAAAAACUGUUAACAGAUGAAUCCUUCAUAAUUUCAAAAUUAGUUUCACGUGGGCAGCAUUUAUUAGUUGUACAGGCUAGAAGUGAUACAUACUCCAAAAUUUUACUUUGUCGUGAGGAAUUAUUGAAAAUUCAAGAACUUCAACACGUUGUUAAUGCAGUAUAUUACCACAAAUCGUAUGUAACCCGUCUUAUCGUGUUAGAACAACUCGAAAUAUUUGUAAAAUAUUUAGACUCUCAGUGGAAAGAAAAAAACAGUUUCCACAGCGAUGAAAUGGUAUGCUACAUACAAAAAAUGAGUCAAGAAACGAUUUCUAGCUUAAUCUCAAACGAUAAACCUGACUAUAUCAACCAACUUAUAUCAAUCGCAGCGAAAUCUGUUGCUGACGCUUGGGUUGAACUUAAACAUUCUGAAAUAGAGGCUCCUAAGCGUGAAGAUGAAAACGUGAUUGAACAACUUGCAGAUUUUGAAAUUAAAACUAAUUCAUCACCUAAAACCAUGCAAGAUGUAGAUGACUGUUGCAAACAAUGGGAAAUAUUAUGUAUUUAA